AUCUCAGUGACCUUUGAGGAUGUGGCUGUGAACUUCACCAAGGAGGAGUGGGCUUUGCUGGAUCCUUCCCAGAAGAACCUUUACAGAGAUGUGAUGCUGGAAGUCCUCAGAAACCUGGCUUCUAUAGGAAAGAAAUGGGAAGACAAGAUCACUGAAGACCAUAUUGAAAACUCUGGGAGCAAUGUAAGGCAGAUCACAUCAUACUCUGGACACAAAUACUACAAGCAUGAGGAAUGUGAAGAGAAGCCAUGUGAAUUUAAACAAUGUAAGAAUUCUCUGGUUUCUCCCAAAAAUAUUCACACACAAAUGUUACUACAAACUGGAGAUGGACUUUAUGAAUCUACAGUACAUGGGAAAGUCAUCAGUCACUCCAGUGACAUUCAAAGGCAUGGAGAUACUCAUACUGGGUGGCAACCCUAUAUAUAUCAGCAAUGUGGUGAAGCCUCUUCUUAUCCCACCAGUGUUCCAAGACACAUGAUAACACACAGUGGAGAUAAACUUUUUCAAUGGGACAUAUGUGGGAAAGCCUUUGAUUUCUCCUCUUUAUUUAGAAGACAUGAAGGAACUCAUUGUGGAGAGAAACUCCAUGAAUGUAAACGAGGUGGUCAGACCUGUAUUUCAUACACAAGUCUUCAAAGGCACAGGAUCACACACAUGGGGAAGGAAGGUUUAAAUUGUAAGGUAUGUGGGAAAGACUUUGCUUAUCCCAGUUUACUUAGAGUACAUCAGAGAAGGCAUACUGGAGAGAAGCCCUAUGAAUGUAAGCAGUGUGGCAAAGCCUUUGCUACAUCUCAUGAGCUUCAUAUACAUGGAAGAAUACAUACCGGACAAAAGCCCUAUGAAUGUCAACAGUGUGGAAAAGCCUUUACUACUGCCUCCUACCUUCAGAUACAUGAACGAACUCAUACUGGAGAGAAGCCCUAUGAAUGUAAGCAGUGUGGGAAAGCCUUCGCUCAGUCCUCUCACCUUCACUCACAUGAAAAAACUCAUACUGGAGAGAAGCCCUAUGCAUGUAAGCAGUGUGGCAAAGCCUUUGCUACAUCCACUAAGCUUCAUAUACAUGGAAGAAUACAUACCGGAGAAAAGCCCUAUGAAUGUCAACAGUGUGGCAAAGCCUUUACUACAUCCAGUUACCUUCAGAUUCAUGGAAGAAUGCACACUGGAGAGAAGCCCUAUGCAUGUAAGCAGUGUGGCAAAGCCUUUGCUACAUCCUCUACGCUUCACAGACAUGGAAGAAUACAUACCAGAGAAAAGCGCUAUGAAUAACAACAAUGUGGAAAAGCUUUUGCCACAUCCUG